AUGGGCAGAAACUCAUUGAAAGAAGCAAAUGAAGAUGUGACAUUCGGAUUGAGUGAUUUCAGUGAUGAGGAUACUGUCAAGAGAUUCGGAAAGGCGAUUGAAGAUUUCAUUGAGUUGACGAAAGUUCAAGCAUCUCAAGGAGUUGCGAUUCCAGCUUUUAUUACUUUUGAAGGGGUUGAAGUAAAACAGCCACUGACUCUGGCAGUCACUGAACGAAAACUUUCGAAAGUAUUCAUUUCUUUCGACAAUAUGCAUAACUUCUUCCGGACGGUUCCACGUGUCAAUCGAAAUGAAAUCACGUUUUAUCAGGAAAGAAAAUGUGAAGAAAGAAACCGAAACGAGGAUUGUAAUGAUGGCGAUUUUCUAUUCAUGCUCCCAGUAAUCCUUUCUUCCAACUUGAAUCUGGGCACCAAAAAUCCAUCUCCAUCUUCUUGA